AUGGCCAGUCGUCAGCGCACAAAGAUUCGUGCUCCCAGAAGGGGCGUCGCUGGUGCCAACGAUGUCGACUUUGAGGAAACAUGGGCAACCCUCUCACACGCCUUUGGCGAGAUCCACACCAAGAACGCUUCCGCUCUUUCCUUCGAACAGUUGUACCGCGCUGCCUAUAAGAUAGUACUCAAGAAGAAGGGCGAAGACUUGUACAAGAAGGUUGCCGAUUUCGAGACCCAAUGGCUGUCUACUUCCGUCCGUCUGGAUAUUGCUCGCACCUUACAAGCCCACGUGCUCGCCAACGCCGACGACUCCUUACUAGACCCAAGUGCUACUGCCCCCGAACGUCGUGAAGCCGGCACCCGCUUCCUCGCUGCUCUCAAGACCGCCUGGCAAGACCACCAGACCUCCAUGAGCAUGUUGACAGACGUCCUCAUGUACAUGGAUCGCGUCUACUGUGCCGACACUAGACAACCUUCCAUCUUCUCAAAGGCUAUGAGUCUUUUCAGGGAUAGCAUCCUGCACUCGACUGCCAUCGCCGAGACACAACCUCCUCUCUCCUUUCUCGACACCUUAAACACCGUCAUACUCGAUCAGAUUCGCAUGGACCGUGACGGCGACUACAUCGACAAGUCCCUGAUCAAGGCAAACAUGUAUAUGCUCGAAGGUCUAUUUGAGACAGACACAGAAGGAGAAGACGAGAAAUUGUACCUCACUAGAUUCGAACAAGAAUUCCUCGACAAGAGCGCCAAGUUCUACCGCGACGAGAGUGAGCAAUUGUUGAAAGAGUCGGAUGCAGGCACAUACUGUCGCCAUGUCAGAAGGAGACUGGACGAAGAAGCUGACCGCUGUCGUUCCACAAUCUCAGAGUCGACUUCCGUUAAGAUCACGAAGGUUGUCGAGGACGAGCUUAUCCGUCAGCAAAUCAAGGCCUUGAUCGAGAUGGACAGUGGCGUGCAGUUCAUGGUUGCGAAUGACAGGCACGAAGACCUUAGUCUGGUUUUCGAGCUGGAGAGCAGAGUCGACCCCAAGAAGCCCGAGCUGACCAAGGCCAUUCAAAAGAUCAUCCAAGAAAUGGGAACGAAUGUGAACAGCAACGCCAUGAAUCAACCAACCGCACAACCAGCCGCCCAAUCAGCUGCAGCCGAGGAUGGAGAGACUGGAGAGAAAGAGAAGGCAAAACCAGUAGAAAAGGUCAACCAACAGACGGCCGCAGCUUUGAAGUGGGUUCAGGAUGUGUUGGAUCUGAAGGAUCGUUUCGACCGCAUCUGGAAACUCGCAUUCAACCAGGACCAAGUUUUACAGACCGCCCAGACCCGCAGUUUUUCUGACACAAUCAACGCUCUCCAGCGAAGUUCCGAGUACAUCUCGCUCUUCAUUGACGACAACAUGAAGAAGGGUAUCAAGGGAAAGACCGAGGAAGAGGUUGACCAGGUGCUCGAAAAGGCCAUUACUUUGGUUCGCUACCUCCAAGACAAGGACAUUUUCGAGACAUACUACAAGAAGCAUCUCUCCAAGCGCUUGCUUAUGGGCAGAUCCGUGAGUAUUGACGUUGAGAAGCAGAUGCUGAGUCGCAUGAAGAUUGAGCUCGGUAACAGCUUCACACUCAAGAUGGAGGCGAUGUUCAAGGAUAUGAACCUCUCAGAAGAACUCACUUCAGGCUACCAGACAUAUGUCUCGAAACUCGGCGACAACGACCCGAAGAGAACUGAGCUCAACAUCCAUGUGCUCACCAGUAUGACAUGGCCAGUCGAGAGCAUGAGAGGACACGAUGAGGAACGAGAUGGCGCCCUGAAGAUCAUCUACCCACCCGCAAUUGAGAAGAUCAAGACCAGCUUCGAGCAAUUUUACACUACCAAGUACUCUGGCCGUGUACUUACCUGGCAAGGUGGCAUGGGAACAGCCGAUAUUAAAGGAACCUUCAAGCUACCCAGCAAGGAUGGUGGUCCUCCUAAGACCAGAGUGCACGAGCUUAACGUGUCGACCUACAUGAUGAUCAUCCUAUCUCUCUUCAACGAUGUUCCUGCCGAUGGCGUGCUCACCUACGAGGAGAUUGCCGCACAGACAAAUAUCCCAGAGAACGAGCUCAUCAGAAACCUGCAAUCACUAGCAGUGGCGCCCAAGACUCGCAUCCUUGUCAAGGAGCCCAUGAGCAAGGACAUCAAGCCUACAGACCGCUUCUCUUUCAACGAGAAAUUCACCUCCAAGUUCAUCAAAGUCAAGGUUGGCGUUGUCACUGCCGGCAACAAGGUCGAGAACGACAAAGAGCGCAAGGACACCGAAAAGAAGAACAACGACUCCCGCGGCUUUGUCAUUGAAGCGGCUGUUGUCCGCAUCAUGAAGCAGCGCAAGGAGCUCUCACAUCAACAACUUAUCAACGAGACACUUACGCAACUGAGCCAACAGUUCAAGCCCGAUAUCACCAUGAUCAAGAAGAAGAUUGAGAGCUUGAUCGAGCGUGAGUACCUGGAGCGUAUCGAGGAUGCCAAGCUGCCUUCGUACCGCUACCUUGCAUAG